AUGUCGGAAGGGAGACAGCAGUUCCAAGCAAACACUGGAGGCACCACACCCCAGCAGCAGCCCCAGACUGAUUGGAGGAAACUUGCGCACGCCGCUGCGACUAUCCCCAACACGAUGUACGUCUCGAGAGCAGAUGUAACGUACGAUGCGGACGCUAACAACAAGACACAAUGUCGCAGCCUCAUCAAAAAGCUGUUUCAAACCGCUGGGUUUGUGUUCUGCCUUGCAGUCGCCAUCAUGCUGCCAUAUUUGACAGGGUCUCUUGGAGCUCAUGAAAAAAGGGGAGCCAUAGGACCGACUGGACCUACAGGAGAAAAGGGAACCACUGACCCUGUGUCUGCCGGGCCUCCAGGAGGAAAGGGAGUCGUGGGGCCGGCUGGUCCUGCGUCUGUCGGGCCUUCAGGACCUCCAGGAGAAAAGGGCACUGUGGGGCCGGCUGGUCUUGUGUCUGUUGGGCCCCCUGGUCCUACAGAAGAAAAGAGUGCAAUGAGGCUGACUGGUCCUGUGUCUGUCGGGCCUUCAGGGCGUCCAGGAGAAAAGGGCACUGUGGGGCCGGCUGGUCUUGUGUCUGUUGGGCCCCCUGGUCUUACAGAAGAAAAGAGUGCCGUGGGGCCGGCUGGUCCUGUGUCUGUUGGGCCUCCUGGUCCUCCAGGAGAAAAGGGAGCCAUGAGACCGGCUGGUCUUGUGUCUGUCGGGCCUCCUGGUCCUCCAGGAGAAAAGGUAGCCAUGGGGACGGCUGGUUCUGUGUCUGUCGGGCCUCCUGGUCCUCCAGGAGAAAAGGUAGCCAUGGGGACGGCUGGUUCUGUGUCUGUCGGGCCUCCUUGUCCUCCAGGAGAAAAGGUAGCCAUGCACCAUGCUUGUCCCGUGUCCUGUGUUGGGCCUCCAGGCCCUCCAGGAGAAAAAGGAGCCAUAGGACCGGCCGGUCCUGUGUCUUUCGGACCUCCUGGACCACCAGGAGAAAAGGGCGCCAUGGGGCCGGCUGGUCCUGUGUUUGUCGGUCCUCCGGGGGAAAAGGGUGCCAUAGGACCGGCCGGUCCUGUGUCUUUCGGACCUCCUGGACCACCAGGAGAAAAGGGAGCCUUGGGACCUCCUGGUCCCUUGUGCCGGAAACAAGGGAGCCCCCGAGUCCUCUGGUCCUCCGAGAUACGUACACAGUGGAACGGUGGCGCCGGUUGGCCCUCCAGCUGGUCAGCCUCUGGAACAGACUAG